GAAUCUACGUUUGACGCAAUAAGCUGGUGUUGAAUUACACGAGUCGCGAUUCAGGCGGUCACUCGAUGGGACACAACAGAGAUUAACAUCAAUAUCAUCCUGACUGUUCUGUUGCGUUUCGUUGUUUGGUUCUGGUUCGAGUGACUUCAAAAGGAGCGAAAUCGGGGUCACUCCAUUCAUCGUGCGUCGACGAUCAAAAAAUUCACUAUUGUCAUCCCGCACUAUGUUGCGUUUCGUCGUUAUUCUUUCCCUCGUCUGUGGAAUUUUUGCGAUUGAUUGCAACGAGCACGAUCUCAAUGAGACAGAGGAAAUACAGCUGGGAAUCGUCAUCUCACCGAUCAUGUCGGCCCAGAUGAUCCGGGAAAUCGGAAUUUAUUGGAAGAAUUCAAAGUUGAGGAAUGGAGAUACUAUUGGACUUUAUGAGGAGCAUCCCGGGGCUGCUAAUCUACUGGUUUUUGAAUUUCAACCGGAUGUCACUCAUGGGUUCAAGAAGACGGGCAUCAGCGCGGACUUUGUUCCGACUGCCAAUUUAACGUUCAGGGAAACUUGUUUAAAAUAUCACGUAACUUUCGUUAGAAACAAUACAAUAAUAAAAUCAAAUUGUUUAUCAACGCAUCCAACAUGGAUGUCCCAGCGGAAAUCAUCCCUAGGGAAAUUAAGAAUGAGAGAAAUUUUCCUGCCGGGAACUCAUGAUUCCGCAGCUUAUGCCAAACACGAGGGCUCCCAGAUCCAAUUGAUUGUUGAUAAAUACACAAUCACACAGGACGAGGAUGUGCUGGCGCAGUUGAUCUAUGGCGCGAGGUAUUUGGAUAUUCGAGUGGGCCGGUAUCCGAAUCAUCACCAUGAGUUUUGGGGGAAUCAUGGACCUUUCAGGAUCGUACCUCUGCAGAUCGUCAUCGAUGCUGUCAAGACUUUUCUAGAUAACACUGAUGAAAUCGUUAUUUUCGAUGUGCAGGAGUUUCCUGUCGGAUUCAAAAGCAUGGCAGCGCACUAUGAACUAGUCGACUACCUCGAGGAUCAGUUCUCCGACUACUUCAUGAGACGACCAGUGGACGUCUGGAAAACGAGUUUAGAGGAGAUCUGGGCAUCACGGAAAAGACUAAUAAUCGGAUACGACUAUAAUAACAUCGUCACCAAGAGAGCGAGUGUCUGGCCUCAAGUUGGCCAGCAGUGGGGUAAUGUCCGAACGAUUGGUGCUCUCUACAGGCACUUGAACAAGAUUGAGAGACUGGCAUCCGAGGACACACUUACGACUAACCCUCAAUCACAACCAAGAGCAGCAAUGGCCCAGUUAACACCGACAACCGUCGACGUAAUCUUCGACCGGCUCGGUGGUCUUCGUAAAAUGGCUGAGAACGUUGAUAUUAAUGUAACCGAGUGGUACAAUGAAGAAUGGCAGCACACUGCCAAUGUCGUUGCUGUUGAUUUCAUCAAGGCCACGGGAAUAGUUGAAACGGCUAUCGAAUGGAAUGACAAACGCGCCGCUGGAUGCUAAAACGAUUAGAAUGAUAAUCUCACCUUCAGUCCUUCAAACUCAUCACAUGUACAAAUUCAACGAUGUCAAUGAAAUUAGAACGAAUCUGUAGGGAAGGGGAGAAGACGGGAGAUAAGUCCAAGAAUUCUGUGCAAAUUAUUUCACGAAUAUCUCGGGAACUAGGGGGUUUAGGGCGAAAUGUCUGACGUCAUCGAGUGUGUUUUGUGUGUUCCAUUCUGCACAUUCGUUCCUCCUGGACUGAUCUCGUGUUAUGCUCCUGCACUUCACUACGGAAUUCCAUUUUUUACACUGUUGUGUCUCGUUACCACAUUGGUAUGGGAUCACUGAUAAGAGUUACCGAUUUUCCACGAUAUUAAAGUGAUAUAUCGAUUCUCCUGCAUCGCGAUCAUGCCAUCCGGCCGGAUGCUAAUAUAAUGGGGAAUAAUCUUCCCAAGGUAACUGUUUGUUUUCACGAUUAUUAUCAAGUUCAGAAUGUCGUUAGCUGGGUUACUACGAUGUUCAAUAAACGAGGUGAUUCAGUCUGCCUGCAGAUGCCCAACAA